UAUUGCAUCCUUAACUCAAAUAGCGACAAAUGUUAAAAUCAAGGACAAUGUACAUGUUUCGCGACAAUAAAACGUAAAAUAAAGAUGCUGAAAGGAAUCAGAGGUCAGUGAAACGUUGGGAAUUUUCCGAUCCUUGUUCACUUAAGGUCGGCGAGCUUCUGUUCGGUAUAUUCUGAACGAAUACAAGAGAUUCGAAGGGAGGCACAAACAGGAAUUGGCUGGUCGAUGCUCCUUAACGUUCGAGAUACAGUGUAUCGCAGGGGAAGACGACACAUCUGUGCUGUUGUGUGUGAAUUUUUUUUUCGGUGCCACCGAGAAAACACAUUUCUCUUUCUCUCUCUGUUCCGCUCGACGUUUUACCGAAACAGCUGAUCGUUUGCCCCUUUAAUUGCAUCGCGGCUGGGUUCGUCGACGCCGCGGUAAGUUUCUGGAUAUUUCAAUAAAAAUUCGCCAUAGUGUAUGCUCAUUUAGUGGGGCAAUCUUGUACGGUAAAGCGUGCCUGUGAAUACGGUCGAGUGUCUCGUUCCUCGGUGUACGGAAUGUUGACUACGUUUUCACCACGGACAAACUGAGAGUGAGGUUGGAGUAGAAGUAAGGUGGAUUCAAAAGUAUAAACGAAGGUUCCACAGCAACAGGUGCGACGUGGAAAAGGGCAGUAUACAAGCACGGAUAAACCCCGUACCUUGAAGUUAAUUUUGAAGGUUGGAGGUAGCAGUGGGACACCUGAAUACGGGAACGAAUUCCCUAGCCAGACAACAAUGUUGUCCCAACAUUUGGGUGUCUACCAACAACAGUUGGGUCUCAACUGUUCUGUAACACAAGAAUCUGAAUAUGAUAGAUACGUAGGGCAUAAAAAGCUCAAGAAGAAAAAGAAAAAGAAGGAUAAAAGACACAAGCAUCACCACAAAGAUAAAAAGAGGAGAAGAGAGGAAUCCAGUCAAGAAUCGGUGGGAGAUGCCGAUGAAAGUUUAGCAGAAAUCCCUAAAAAGAUUCCUAAUCAUCAAUUGUUACCUCCAAGGCCACCGUCUAGUGGGGAACACCGAGUUGGUGUUACUACCCAUAUUAACUCUCUUUCUCCACAUCGUGAGCCUAGAACUUGUGUACUUAGGAAAAUUGCUGAACGUACACCUCUUCAACGACUAUUGGAACAUCUUCUUAGGUCAAUGGAGAAACGUGACCCGCAGCAAUUUUUUGCUUGGCCGGUCACAGAUAGUAUUGCACCGGGAUACUCUCAGAUCAUUACUAAUCCUAUGGAUUUCAGUACUAUAAAGCAGAAAAUAGACGAUAAUAGUUAUCAAAACUUAAACGAAUUCGUAGAUGAUUUUAAACUAAUGUGUGAUAAUGCUACUACUUAUAACCACCCAGAUACAAUUUAUUACAAGGCAGCAAAGAAAUUAUUGCAUGUUGGCCUAAAAAUGGUUACACCUGAAAAACUUCGUCAAUUAAGACCUGUACUAACUUACAUGCAGGAUAUCUCAAAAGAGGAGCUUGGGUUUGAAUUGGGUACAGAAGAUCCUAAUAAUCCAGACGUUCCCGUAACAGAGGAGCAAAUCGAACGGGAACGGGAACAGGAGGAACGUAACGAAGAGGCAGAAGAACUUCGAAAAGAGAACCAAAGGAAAAUGAGAUUAGCAAAUUUAGGUAAAUUUGAAGCCAUUCCGGAUGAUAUGACGCCGGAUGAAAUCUUAAAACAAGCCCGAGGAGCCGCGAAAGUAGCAUCGGACAAGUUAACGUUGAAAAGGUUGAAUUCCAAGAUGGGUUUCCUUAGACAAAAGAAAGACGGAACUACUAGUUUACAGAUCAUAGUGCCGGGAGACGGUGUGAUUCCAGGAACUAAUCAAAGACCGGUGUCAUUAGUGCAGCUUAUAGGUAAAUUGAAUCAUGGUACAGGAGCGUUAGCAGGAUUCCGAGAAGAUAGGAGAAAUAUGUCUAAACCAGUUAAACCUUUAUAUUACGGUGCCUUUGGUUCUUAUGCUCCAAGUUACGAUUCCACGUUCGCUAAUCUGACAAAGGAGGAAACAGACUUGGUGUAUCAGACAUAUGGCGAUGAGACUGCUGUACAAUAUGCAGAAUCCAUAUUAGACUUUGCUAAAGACUGUGAUUAUACGUUAACUAUGGUCGACGAUCUGUUGGAUAUCCUGACAGGAGGAGAUCACAGAAAGACUAAGAAGUUCCUUGAGGAAAAGCGAAGACUCAAAGAGGAAGAAGAAAAGAUAAAGCAUUUAUUAGAGAAGCCUAUGCAAGAUGUUAUUCGUAAUAUUCCAGCUUUAGACAAUGUUAAAGUUGAUAUCGACCAACUGAAGACGUUGUCAGAAUUAGGAAUUGAUGUUAAUUUUUUGGAGAAUAUGGAGGAGGAAUUGAAACUGAACGAGGAGCGUACAACUUUACAGAAUCGAUUGGACGAUACGUCCCAGAUGUUAAGUCGUUUAAAGCAGGUGCAACACGAACGACUCUCGGCUCCACCGCCCGCUCAUUUGUCAAAUGUUACUAAAGCAUCGGAGGCGGAAGUAAUGAUAGCCGACAAAAUUACAGACAAUUUAACGGAAAUAGCUAAGAAACUUCCUCCCUCAGCUAUUGCUCCCGUAGACGGCUUGCGAAGAGCUAUGGGCAUAGCACCUCUUGGUGGACCAGAACCCAUGGAAGUAGAACCGAUCACGCAUAAUCCAACCAUCGUUGCGGAAAACAAUCUCUUAUCGCAAACUAGUAACAAUCAAGUCCCGUCGAAUCUGUUAUCGGCUCCGUCACCGAUUCAGAAUACUAAUUUACUCAGUCCAACCAGUCAACAAAAUCAAUCAAUUAAUAUCGUGAAUACGAAUCAACCACCUAUUCAGAUACAGAUCGGUAUGACGCAUAAUCAGACUCCUCCGUCUUUAUUGAGUACGUCAGAGACUUCUGCGGUACCAGAUUUAGAAUCGGAGCUUCGAGAAUUUCUAGAGAGCGAUCCUACAUUAGGACACUCACCACUCCAUGACGAUAAAACUUUGGAGGAUAUUUUAUCCGAAUCUUAGUAUGUACGAAUCUUGAGAUAUAUGGUUUUUAUUAAAAUUUACCUUCUAUAGGUUGUACAUUUUAUUAGAUAUAUACAGUAGAUUUAACGUCAGUUUAAUACCACCCACAAUUAGUAAAUAAGAUGGUAUUGUGUAACGUUCUGUAUUUCAAUCAACAUGGCAGUUAUUUCCCUUCAAAAUAUACAUAUAUGUACAUUAUUUAUGAAGUUUGCGUAACAAAUUAUAUUAUACGAAGCUUUAUAAAAUUUUAACGUUGUAUACUGUGAAAUUAUUCAAUUGAAAUCAUGAAAGAACAUGUUUUAAUAAAACUUGCUUAUUUUUGUUUUUAUUUUUAAAAAAUAUUGUUCAAGGUGUAAUUAUAAUUAAUUACUGAUAAAAUGUUACGCAAACGGAAUUAUUAAAAUAUACAAUUUGUUUAUAUGAAAUUCAAUCUUCCCAUUGUUAAAUUACUCGGUAAAUCAUGAAAUAAUGAAUUGUCAUUUCUAUUUUAAAAUGAAAAAAUGUGGACUUGUAAAUAUUCAUAAAGUGUAUUUUUAAAAACAA